GUAGUGCAGUUCAAGAGAGGCAAAAUCGGCCAGGAGUUUUGGACAGAGACAGUACAAGAUUGAUCGAGAAGAUGGAGUUCAUGGGUGCAAACAUCACGGCUCUUGCCAGCUUGCUAAAAGAUGAGAAGGAGGAUGAGAGUGAUGAUGAACGGCUUUCAACACAGAAUGCUUCCAUUGGACCUGGUUCAAUAGGACCUCCAAAGAAACAUGAACCAAAUAAAGCUGAUGUAGGUAAAAGGUCAGGUGAUACAAAGGAUAUCUGGGAUGCUGAGGCUGUCACUGAAGGCUCAGAGUUUGAAGAUAUCUAUGAUCCUAGACCAGAACCAGAGUAUGACAUCAUUUUCAAGCAGGCAGUUUCCUCCGAAGAUAUGUUCCUCCAGAUGGGUAGAAAAACGCCAGCGACUUCAUCAUGUGAAGACCUUGUGGUCAAAAUUAAGCUGCCAGGAGUCAAGUAUGCAGAUGUUGAAUUAGACGUGAAGGACAAAUUUCUAGAUUGCAGGACACCAAACCACAAACUUGGACUACAUCUCCCUCAUCCUGUGGAUAGUAAGAACGGCCGAGCUAAGUGGGAUGGAGACAAAGAGAUCUUGACCGUUACUCUCAAGAUGACCAGAGAAUAUGACUUUGUCAAUUUCUGAUGAAAUAGACCAUGGGAGAUGGACCUAUGAUAAUGAAUAUCCAAGAAGGAUUAUGACAUUCAGAUGCUGAACAUGAUCUAUUAAAGAUGAUCUAUAGACAAGGUUUGGAUCUAUUCUGGCAGUGGAAAAGCAAGAACCUAAUUUCGUCAAACUUGUCAUCGGGUGCUUUCAUAUAGUUUCAAGAAUUUAACAUGAUAUAUUGGUUUCAAGUAUAGUGUUCUCAUCCACUGCGCAAGGUGCUUAAUACAUUUCAAUAAGAUGACACUGUGAUUGCCUUGCCGCAGCUGUCUAAAGGUGAAACUUGUCUGCAUACUUUCAAAGGAGACAUUGUUCGGAAGGAAUGGUCAGGAACUGACAGUCGGUGCUUCCAUCUUGUUAAUGAUCAUUUAAAAUGAUGCAGCAAAUAGUAAGGAAAAAAUGGUCAUGACCAAAUAAAAUGACAAGAGUGUAGUGUGCUUCACAUUUCUGUAGUCACAUUAUAUUUAAAGGGGCUUUUCUUGCUUUCUGCUCUCCUGGGGGGCGUUUCACAAAACUUGUCAUCAGUGACAAAUGACAGUUUUUGUUAUAAGCUACUGA